CCCCGGCAGCGCCAGGCGCCGCCCCCGGCCCGCCCCACUCCGCUCCCCUUUGUGCGGCAGUCCCACUCCGCGCACACGCUGCCCGCUCCGCUCCCACCGGCACCGCCCGCAGUCGCAGCGGCCCCGGCCCGGCCCGGCCAGCUCAAGCCAUGGAGGCAGCACUCAUCUUCCUGUGCUCCCUGAUGGUGCCAGCAGCCCUGACAGACGUGGCCACCCAGCAGAAGGAGGAGGAGGACCCCUUCAACUAUGAUUACCAGAGCCUGAGGAUUGGGGGUCUGGUUUUUGCCGUGGUCCUGUUCACCGUUGGCAUCCUGCUCAUACUCAGCAGGAGGUGCAGGUGCAGUUUCAACCAGAAGCCCAGAGCUCCGGGGGAUGAAGAGGCUCAGGCUGAGAACCUGAUCACCUCUAACGCGACAGGGUUAAUGAGGUUUGCCUCCCAAUUAAUGUGCCUCCCCCCGGGUGCCUGCUGCCAGAGCCAGACGCCCGCCGGACAGCACACCGGCACCAUGAGUGACGAGCAAGUGCCCGGGCAGGGCAUGGACAGGUUCAGCUACGACUAUGAGACCAUCCGCAACGGGGGCCUGAUCUUCGCCGUCGUGGCUUUUGUGGUCGGGCUCCUCAUCAUCCUCAGCCAGCGGUUCCACUGCGGAGGGAAGAAGAAGAGGUGA